AUGGCCGAGGCCCCCCCGCGCCGCCUCGGCCUGGCCCCCGCUCCCGGGGACGCCCCCCGCGCCGAGCUGGUGGCGCUCACGGCGGUGCAGAGCGAGCAGGGCGAAGCGGGCGGGGGCGGCUCCCUGCGCCGCCACGGCCUCCUGGGCAGCCCCCUGCCGCCGGGCGCGCCCCUCCCUGGGCCGGGCUCGGGCUCGGGCUCCGCCUGCGGCCAGCGCUCCUCCGCCGCGCACAAGCGCUACCGCCGCCUGCAGAACUGGGUCUACAACGUGCUGGAGCGGCCCCGCGGCUGGGCCUUCGUCUACCAUGUCUUCAUAUUUCUGCUGGUCUUCAGCUGCCUGGUGCUGUCCGUGCUGUCCACCAUUCAGGAACACCAGGAACUUGCCAACGAGUGUCUCCUCAUCUUGGAGUUCGUGAUGAUUGUGGUGUUUGGCCUGGAGUACAUCAUCCGUGUGUGGUCGGCCGGUUGCUGCUGCCGCUACCGAGGAUGGCAGGGCCGCUUCCGCUUUGCCAGAAAACCCUUCUGUGUCAUCGACUUCAUCGUGUUCGUGGCCUCGGUGGCCGUCAUCGCCGCAGGCACACAGGGCAACAUCUUCGCCACGUCUGCGCUGCGCAGCAUGCGCUUCCUGCAGAUCCUGCGCAUGGUGCGCAUGGACCGCCGCGGCGGCACGUGGAAGCUGCUCGGCUCGGUGGUCUACGCGCACAGCAAGGAGCUGAUCACCGCCUGGUACAUCGGGUUCCUGGUGCUCAUCUUCGCCUCCUUCCUGGUCUAUCUGGCCGAGAAGGACGCCAACUCCGACUUCUCCUCCUACGCCGACUCGCUCUGGUGGGGCACGAUUACUCUGACGACCAUUGGCUAUGGUGACAAGACCCCACACACGUGGCUGGGCAGGGUCCUGGCUGCCGGCUUCGCCUUACUGGGCAUCUCUUUCUUCGCCCUGCCUGCUGGCAUCCUAGGCUCCGGCUUUGCCCUGAAGGUCCAGGAGCAGCACCGGCAGAAGCACUUUGAGAAGCGGAGGAUGCCGGCGGCCAACCUCAUUCAGGCUGCGUGGCGCCUGUACUCCACUGACAUGAGCCGGGCCUACCUGACGGCCACCUGGUACUACUACGACAGCAUGCUCCCAUCCUUCAGAGAGUUGGCCCUCUUGUUUGAGCACGUGCAACGGGCCCGCAAUGGGGGCCUACGGCCCCUGGAGGUGCGGCGGGUGCCGGUACCCGACGGAACGCCCUCCCGCUACCCGCCUGUUGCCACCUGCCACCGGCCGGGCAGCACCUCCUUCUGCCCUGGGGAAAGCAGUCGCAUGGGCAUCAAAGACCGCAUCCGCAUGGGCAGCUCCCAGCGGCGGACGGGCCCCUCCAAGCAGCACCUGGCACCUCCACCAAUCCCCACCUCCCCGAGCAGUGAGCAGGUGGGCGAGGCCACCAGCCCCACCAAGGUGCAGAAGAGCUGGAGCUUCAACGACCGCACCCGCUUCCGGGCCUCACUGAGACUCAAGCCCCGCACUUCUGCAGAGGAUGUGGAAACAGAUUUCUCAGCUAUUAAGUGGCAGAGCUGGGAUCCUCAACCAGAGGGCCCCUCGGAGGAUGUGGCAGAGGAGAAGAGCUACCAGUGUGAGCUCACGGUGGAUGACGUCAUGCCUGCCGUGAAGAUGGUCAUCCGCUCCGUCAGGAUCCUGAAGUUCCUGGUGGCCAAAAGGAAAUUCAAGGAGACGCUGCGGCCGUACGACGUGAAGGACGUCAUCGAGCAGUACUCGGCAGGGCACCUGGACAUGCUGGGCCGGAUCAAGAGCCUGCAGGCUCGGGUGGAUCAGAUUGUGGGUCGGGGGACCGGGGACCGGAAGGCCCGAGAGAAGGGCGAAAAGGGGCCCUCCGAUACGGAGGCGGUGGAUGAAAUCAGCAUGAUGGGACGUGUGGUCAAGGUGGAGAAGCAGGUGCAGUCCAUCGAGCACAAGCUGGACCUGCUGCUGGGCUUCUAUUCGCGCUGUCUGCACUCUGGCACCUCGGCCAGCCUGGGCACCGUGCAAGUGCCGCUCUUCGACCCCGAGAUCACCUCCGACUACCACAGUCCUGUGGACCACGAGGACAUCUCCGUCUCCGCCCAGACGCUAAGCAUCUCGCGCUCCGUCAGCACCAACAUGGACUAGGGGGCUUCUCGGGCGGGGUAGCACACGGCGGGCUCCUCGGCCUGGCGCUCGGACCCGCCCCCUGAGGCCUCCGGACUCCUCGCUUACUUGAACUCUCCUGCCUUGCGGGGAGAGAGGCCAUACGCAGUAUUUAGCUGCCUGGGUGGGCGAGAUACCCGCUGUGGGUGCCAGCGACCCGCCCCACCCCAGGAGCGUGAGAUGCUAGUCCGCAGGAAGGGCACAGCGGCGGCUGCUCCGUGGCUUCCGGGCGCUCUGGUGCCCUGCCUGCUCCAUCAAUUCUCAACAUGGCCCGCCUGGGUGCUGAGGUCCCUGGGCCAAGACUCAGCUUCCGGCUAUGCAAGGUGAGGUCUCUGACCUGCCCCCCAGACACAGCAGGGAAGCCCUCCCGCCAAGGCCCCGCCCCACUUGGGGGUGGGCCCAAGGUGCCCCUACAGGUACCUACAAAGCACAGGACCCUGCUACAUGCAGGUGGGCACCAUAUAUGCAAACUAUGUUAAAUAUGCAACUUUGGAGACCCCCAUGGGGUCUCUCUGCCCUCCCCCAUUGGGAGAUGGGCUUCCAGCAGUAGCUGGUCUCAGGCUGCUUGGCCAUGACCCCCAUCCCCAUUCUUGGCAUAUCACUCCAUCCCCACCCAGCAUGGGGUCUGUUUCUCCCCUGCCCUCUCCCAAGGGCAGUGCCUGGGCUUUUCUUCCCAUCUGCAAGUGUCACCUCCCAGGGCCUCCUCUUCCUGCCGGAUGUCCAUUCCUCUCUUUGGCCCACCAGAUACCUUUGACAGUCAGUACAGGUUUCUGUAUUCUCCCUAAACCCCAGCAGACAAUGCUUCCACAGUCACACAGACACAUCCCUUUAGGUUCCCCAGACACGCAGAAAGUCACACACUCACACUGACACAGAGGCACACGCACUAUGAGAUAGAAGCACAGAGCCACACAACCUUUCCUGGACCUCUGCAGCCUCUACCAGUGGACUGGCCUUGCAGGGUGGGGUCCACUAAGAGGAAGCCCCCCCCCCCUCCAUCUGGGUAGGAGAGGGAGCUCUCAAGUGACCACAAGUCUCUCCAGGCCUCACCUGAGAGCUUUAUCAGCCCUCCCUCUCCAAGAAGAUCUACUCACUGGUCCAGGAGACCUAACUGCUGCCUCUGACUGCCCCUAGGGAUCCUUCUUGGCAUCCCCACAGCACAACUCAGACUUAGGCUUCUGGGGCCUGGACACAUGGAGAGACCCCAGGCCCUUCCACAGGGUGGGCACCAGGCUCACUUCUACCCAGGCUAGCUUCCUUUCUAGUCACUCUCAGAAAGAAUAAUAAUACAAAGCAGCUACCAUUUGUUGGGCACCAACUGCACACCUACCACCCACCUGCACUGUCUCCCCUCCUUCCAUAACCUACUUCUUCACUUCGGUUUGGCAGUCCCCCACAUUGGCAUCAGCCCCCAUCCGCUCCAGGCCCCCAGCACCUCUCUAGUAUCCCUUCCCCUUUGUCCCUCUUCUGCAAAGCCAAUGCAAGUGGCAGGGGGUGAUCCUCUGUGGGGUGUCAGGGAACAAGGGGCUCAGGCCAAGCCACCUGCAUCUCGUGUCUGGGGAUCUGCAUGCACCAGCGCCAGGGCCGGGGUUGGAUCUUGCUCAGCCCCACGGUGCCCAGCCUCUGCCCCAACAUGCCCUCCGCAUGUGACCGUCAAGCUCUGGGUGGAGCCUCACCACACUGCACUGUCCCCAGAGCUCAGAGACGGAGCUGUGGAGAGGGGCAGGAGAGUGGGAAUGUCCUGUGACCAAAGGAGACCUGGGAGGAAGCCCUUCCUCCUUCUGCAGUCAAGGUUCCCCCACCAACCCGGUUCUCGGAUAUGCAAGUACCUCACUUUGUUAACUUAUUAACUUAUUGGUUUCAUUAAAGUU